AUGAAAGCAAAGCUUGAAGAGGCAUCCUUAGAGAUGAAGAAAGCAUAUGAUGCUGAUGGGUCUAGAGUCCAACGACAACUCGAGGAACGCAUCAAGAAUCUUGAGCUGAUGGAAUCCAGUUUCAAGAUGGACUGUUUAAAGUCAAAGCUUGAGGAGGUUUCCUUGGAAAUGAAGAAAGCAGAAACUGAUGGAUCUCAGGCCCAACAACACGAGGAACGCAUCAAAAAUCUUGAGCUGAUGUUGUCAAAUCUCAAACUUGAACUGGACAAGAAGAAGGCCAAAUGUUGUGGUGAUGGAUUUUUGUUGGUCGAGGAGGUUGCUUGA